CUCUGCUGCUUUUGUGUUGUUCGGCGCUCUCCUUGGCUGCUCCAUGGCCAAUGCUGGCCCCCAAGGCCGCAUUGUUGGCGGCGAAGAUGCCGUUUUGGGCCAGCUGCCCUAUCAGGCGGCGCUCUCCAUUGGCGGCAGCUACAACUGCGGAGCAGUCAUCAUUGCCGAACGCUAUGCGCUCACUGCUCUGACCUGUGUAUGCUCCGCCGGCAAGGAUACACCAUGGGCACCACAACUAUUUAUGGUUUCCGCUGGUACUGUGGAUCUGUACAAUGGCGGUCAGCGUAUACGCGUUGAGGAAAUCACAGUGAAUCCCAACUAUAAGGAACUAACGACUGGCAUCGCUUUGCUGCGUCUCACCGAGCCACUGGUCUUCAAUGCUGAUGUUGCCGCCCUGCCAUUGGCCACACAGAAUCCACCAUUGGGCGCCUACGUUGACAUUUCCGGCUGGGGACGCACCAAGGAAACGGAAACGAACAUGUACCGCACCCUGCAGGUUGGCUAUGCCGUUGUGGAGUCGGAGCGUGAAUGUCGCCUGGUCGAUAAUGCGCUCGUCGACAACGAACAGGUGCUCUGCCUGGGCCACCAGAGACGUCAAGGCAUCUGCACCGGUGAUAUUGGCGGUCCCGCAGUCUAUGAUGGCACGCUGGUCGGCCUGGCCGCCCAGCUUUUGGGCGAGUGCGGUGGCCUAUUGCCCGAACGCUUCAUCAGCAUUGCCGCUUAUUACGAAUGGAUCCAACAGCAGAUGGAAUAACCUAAUGUUCCUUUCUCAAUAAAGACUAUUCCCGAAUGCAGCCCA